AUGGAUUGUAUCAGUGAGAGAUUACGUCUGAAUCGCCGCCGCGAUGAUAUUCCAGACAAUAAAGAAGAUAUAGUCUUGAUUUGGUUUGUCGAAAGCAUGAACGAUGAAAAGUACUUUAAACGAGCAACAGAUCGACUUCGUGAAUGCAACAAUAGUGUUCUAUUAUAUACCGAAUACGAACUCUGUAUGGAUUACAUUCGAUCAGUCGUUACCGAGAAAAUCAUCUUAAUUCUAUCCGGUAAAGUAAUUGAAACGAUAAUAUCAGAUAUUCAACCAUUAGACAGAGUUGAUUCAAUAUUCAUUCUUUCUACAGACAAGAUCCAGUAUAACAUAAGUUUAGAAAAUCGUACGAAAAUUAUUGGUAAUUAUAUUGAUAUAAAUUCAUUGACAACAGCUAUUGAAACACGUUCUCAUCGAAUUUUGAAACAAGAAUCGGGAAUUAUUUUCUCUGACAAUACUGAUCAAAAUGCAGUACGUAAUCCGGAUCAAAAUCCUGGCUCGUUUUUACUGUUUCAUCUACUCGUCCAUACUUUAAAACAGUUACCACAAACAUCUGACGCCAAACAACAAAUGAUCGAGAAAGUGCGUGAAUGUUAUGUGGAUAAUGUAACUGUAAAGAGAAAAAUAGAUGAGUUUGAAAAAGAUUAUAAAUCUUCUGAUGCAAUUCAAUAG